AAGGGUUGCAAACGUUGUCGUUUUGUUGGUGGUUUUUUCUUUUCCUUGAAACAGAGUAGUUUGCAUUGCAUUUGAGUCAAUGUUGCGUGUGUUUGGAAUAGACGGAGGAGAGUGAGAGACGAUUCUAGACGCCAUCGUUUCGAUUUUUUUCUUUGCUUCUUUUUGUUUUGGUGAAAUUCUCGACGGUCUCUGCUGAAAUUUGUUGCUUCCAGCUUCUUGUAAUCAAAUUCCCAAUACUAGUUAGUCCUCGGAGGCUUCACACGUGACCUUCUCUGUCGACCUCUGCUUCAAAAGCGUCGUCGUAUCGCUGAGCUGUGAUGAUUCAAAGCUCGGCGCCUAUUUUGCCUGUCCGAUCUGAUUUUUGUUUUCUAAAGGAAGAAAGCUAGCUUUGGAUGCUGAGAAGAUUAGUUUUGAACUCUGUGAGAAAGAGGAAUCAUGAGAACGCAACUUUUAGAAAUCCAGCCGAGGGAACUGAAGUUUAUAUUUGAAUUAAAGAAGCAGAGCUCAUGUGCAGUCCAACUUACCAAUAGCACCUAUGACAAUGUUGCUUUCAAGGUUAAGACUACUUCCCCUAAGAAAUAUUGUGUACGACCAAAUGUUGGCAUUAUCUUGCCAAAAUCAACUCGUGAAUUUAUCGUGACAAUGCAAGCUCCAAAGGCAACUAGUAAUGAAAAGGUGUGCAAAGACAAGUUUUUAAUCCAAAGCAUAGUUGUUCCUGUUGGAACAACUGAGAAGGACAUAACAUCUAACAUGUUUAACAAAGAUGAUGGCAAGUACAUUGAAGAGAUCAAGCUGAAAGUGGGCCUUAUCAGCCCACCUCAAUCUCCUGUACUAUCUCCAAUUAAUGGGGUGCUUAAGCAGGAACCUCUUUUUGGAGCUUCAGUGCUGAGAAAUCCAGUAUUGAGUGAAGUUGAGAAUGCCACUCCAAUACACACGGAGUUUAAAAAAGAAAAGGAUAUGGAGUUGAAGGCGAAUAAGGAUCUGAUUGAUGAUCAGGAGUCAAAGCCAGCAAAAGAUGCAGGGUGGAUGCCAAAUAAUGAUGUCAUUAAUGUUGAGGAGGUAAAAUUGGCAAAGGAUGAAGACUUGAAGCCAGAAAACGAUGCCAUUAAUGAUAAUCUGACAAAGUAUGCACAAUUCUCUCCGCCAAAGAAUGAAGUGAAGAAUGCAGAAUUUGUAACAUUAAAGGCUGUGGAGGAGCUGAAGUUUGUCAAUGACAUUGAGGAGAUGAAAUCAAAACUGAAUGCACUUGAAUCAAAGCUAAAUGAGGCUGAAUCUACUAUUUCAAAAUUGUCAGAGGAGAGGAGAACAAGUGUCCAGGAGAGAAAAAUUUUGCAGCAUGAGCUAGCCAUGUUGAGGAGCAGGACAAGCACAAAAAGAGUACAAGUGGGAUUUCCUCUUCUUUUUGUUGUUAUGGUUGCACUUAUCAGUAUUUUGCUUGGAUACCUUUCACACCGAUAAAUAUGGAGCCAUCACAAAGUAUAUCUAAGUUUGUUAAUAGUUAGGACAGCCUACUAAUUAAAUUCUCCAAAAAAUAGCAAGGGACUGUAAAUCUGUCCUUUUUGGGUUUAUAUUCACUGUAGGGUUGCUAGUUUGUGGAGCGUGUACAUGAUACUCUAUGAAAUUCUGAUAAAAAGAGGAGAAAAUAUAUCUGAAAUAGUAUGGAAGAGGGUAGUUGUAAUAAUAAUUAGUAUCUUUAUGUGUUCAA